AUGUGGGCAUUCUACCGGAACGAGAGCGACCAGUGCGCCGCCAAGCUUUCCGCCCUCCACGAUGCUUCCGCCUCCCUCCGACACCAGCUACACCGUAAGCUGGGCGGGAUGGGGGGUGUCCGGGAAGACUUUUCUUCCGCCGCGGCAGCAGGCGGCAGCGGCGUUGGGUACGAGGGCGGCGGUAGCAAAAGCAGUGCCGUCGGCGACGACCCUGGCGGCACCGCGGCGACGACGGCGUCUCUCCUGGACGACCCAGACCUGCAGUACAGCAGCAGCCCGGUCGUUUCCACUGGCGGGGUGCUGCGGCCGACCCCUCAGGAACACUUUCUUGUGGCCGGGAGCGGCGCAGGCGGCAGCGGUAGCAGCAGCGGCGGCGGCAGCAGCGGCGGCAGCGGCAGCAGCAGCAGCGGAAGCCUGAGCGGGGCCACGAGAAUCCGCGGGCGCAGGUCGUCCUCGAACGGGAUGGGGGGCACGGCGCCAUCAUCUUCACAGCAGCAGCAGGGGGAAGACGAGAACGGGUGGGGCUCCUCCGGCUGGGGAAUGUCCUCCUCAGCGCCUUCCGGCCCUUCCGUGGGGAGCGGUGUUGGUGGCGACGUGGACGGCGGCGCGGCCAAGGCUAACGCCGGCUUUGGGGGCGGCAACGGCUUCCUGAGCAACAGCGGCGGCGCCGGCGCCGGCGACGACGAAAGUGCGACCACCGAGGACCCGUAUGUGCGGGCGUCCCUCAAGAGGGCCAUCGUGGAGCUGUACGACACCUGCCACCGGCUGCUGUCGUUCAAGAUGCUCAACUACGACGCCUUUGUGCGGCUGAUGGAGCUCCACUGCCGUCGUCCCGAGGUAGCGGGAGCUCCCCCCAGACCCCCUUGGUCCGCCGGGAAGAUGACCGUGGUCGGUGAUCAUCAGGGCGCCAAGGCCGGGGGCGCCGUAGGGGGGGAAGGGGAGGGGGCGCUGUCGAAGGAGAAGGCGAUGAAGGUCUGGCUGCUCGAGCAGCCGCUGUUCUCGGCCCGCGACCUCAACAGCACGCUAGCGGGAGCGGAGCUCCUGUACGCGUCGCUCUUUUGCAACGGCGACGUGGACGUGGCGCGGACGGCCCUGACCUUCAAGGCGUCCAGCUCUCUCCGGGGAAACAGGCGCUUCGACUUCGGCUACCGUCUCGGUGCCGCCACGGUGCUACUGGCGUGGGCGAUGUGGGACUGCAUCGCGGACGACUCUUUGGGCAAGGACGUGUGGCACGACCCGGCCUUCAAGAUCUACCGCGGGCUAGGCAACCUUGUCCUCCUCGUGUACAUGUGGGGGGUCAACAUCUGGGUUUGGAGGCGUUUCGGCAUCGACUACGAGAGGUGUCUGUCCCUGGAUCCUAAGGGUCCGCGGGUGGACCCUUGCGAACAGGUUUGGAACACCGGAUGCAACCUGAGCAUCGCCUUCCUGGUGUCGUUCAUCUGCUUCUACAAGUGCCUCAGGGGGGUCCUGCUCAACCCCACGUGGGUGCCGAUACAGUUUGCGCACACGUUCCCGCUGCUACUGCUGUUCUACAUGCUGCUGUGCUUCCUGACACCUUGGCAUGAACGGAAGGGGCUCCUGCGAGUCCUGUGGACGACGAUAAUCUCGCCCUUCGGACAGGUCCGAUUCCUGGAGGGCUACGUCGGCGAUAUCCUCACCAGCGUUGUGAGGGUGCUGAUUGACGUGGCUUUCGCCUUCCUCUACUUCUUGUCGGGCGUGAGAGGCUGGCUCGGCAACGGCCUCGACCUCUCGAACGAUCCCAUCAGCAGCGACCCCUGGUUCCAGAACCUGCUGGUGCCGUUGCUGAUGGUUGCGCCGCUGUGGUGGCGUUUCCAACAGAAUCUCCGGAGAUCGUACGAGACAAGACAGAGGUGGCCACACCUGGGGAACGCGCUCAAAUACGCGACGGCCAUGUCGGUGUCGCUGUUCGGCACCUUCCAACCGCAGAUGAAGAGCAGCUGGGUGUGGGUCUUCUGCUUCGUGUUCGCCACGCUGUACCAGUUCUCGUGGGACGUGGUGAUGGAUUGGGACCUGCUGCGAUGGGAUGGGAAAUCGCUCCGCUUGCGGCCCCGCUUGCUCUACCGCAACAAGACGCUGUACACAAGCGUGGCAGUGGUGAACCUGCUUCUUCGAUUCCUGUGGACCGUUACGCUGGUUCCUGAGAACGCGCCGAACCUGUUUCCGCACGACUUCCAGAUCUACCUCAGCCCGUUCAUUGCGGCAGCGGAGAUCGUCCGGAGGCUUCCGAUGUCGAACAGCUCAGCCCACCCUUCUCUCGGACAUGCUGCCACGUAUCGACCUCUCGCUCCGCUGCGCGAGGGCAGGACCAUGUGGGGCUUUAUACGAGUGGAAAACGAGCACCUGCGCAUCUACGAUGGUGGCGGAAGCUCCGACGGUUCGUUGAGCCCGGGCCUGGACGCAGGCCCGGGAGCGGCGGGAGGAUUCCAGCACAUCGCCUCCUGCUCCAGCAUGUCGACGAUGGCUAGCAGCUCGAUCAACAGCAACAUUUCCUCUUCGAUCGUAGGCGGCGGCAGCGGGCUCGGAGUUCCCAUGAUGGGAGGAGGAGGCCUCGGCGGCAGCCGAGGGUCCGGGUUGGAUAAGCUCCCCUACUCGCGCAUGGAGAUGCCGUCGUCAUCGGGCGGCGGGAUCGGCCUGUUUCGCCGCGCGACUAGCCCCUUGAGGGCGUGGUGCUUGAUAAGGGUGAGAGAAAGCUAG